GCUCCCUUUUCCUCUCUGCUGAGGAACAUCCUGAUUUGGCCAGAGAGCGAGCCGCGACAGCGUCGCCUUCGAGCCACUGGACAGAAAAUGGAAAACACUUCCAAGGAAAAAAAAUCAGGACAAAUACAACUAUACAGGAAAGUGGGAGGAAUACCCAAAAAGAAUAAUUCCCGGGAAGAAAACGCUUCUAAAAACCGGAAGAGAACAGGGAAACAAAAUGCCAAAAACUCUGGAUCCAGAAGAAUAAAGUCCAUCAUGUCGCAAGGAAACUCCAAGGAACAGCCAAGUCAGCAAAGAAAGCGAGUGUCCAAGAAACAGCAUCCGUGUCCUGAUUGUGGGAAAAUCUUCAACAGAACCUCUGCUCUUAGGGCCCAUCAGAGAGUCCACACAGGCGAAAAGCCCUACAAGUGCACUGAAUGCGAGAAGAACUUCAGCAAAAGUUCACACCUCAUUGUUCACCAGAGAAUCCACACAGGAGAAAGACCCUACACUUGUUUGACCUGUGGGAAAAGUUUCAGUCACUCUUCCCAUGUGAUUAUCCACCAGAGAACUCAUACAGGGGAGAAACAUUACAAGUGUUUAGAAUGUGGGAAAAACUUCCGAUACAGUUCUGAUCUCAUCAGGCACCAGAUUGAACAUGCAGGUGAAAAACCCUUCCGGUGUUCUGACUGUGGGAAAUGUUUCAAUCGGACCUCCAACCUCCUCAUCCAUCAGAGGAUACACACAAAAGAGAAACCCUACAAGUGCCUUGAAUGUGGGAGAAACUUCAGUUACAGCUCAGUUCUUAUCAGGCAUCAAAGAGUGCAUACCUCUGAGAAGCCUUUUAAAUGCCCCGACUGUGGGGAAGGUUUCCAUAUGAACACAAGCCUUCUUACACACCAGAGGAUACAUACAGGAGAGAAACAUUAUUCAUGCUCGGAGUGUGGGAAAAGCUUCAGGUGGAUAUCACAUUUAAAUAGGCAUCAGAAGAUUCACACUGUAGAAGUGUCUUAGGAAAAAAAACCCCACACUUAGAAUAACAGAGUUGGAAGGGACCUUGGAGGUCUUCUAGUCCAACCCCUUGCUUAGGCCGGAAACCCUACACCACUUCAGAGAAAUGGUUAUCUAAUCUCUUCUUAAAAACUUCCAGUGUUGGAGCAUUCACAACUUCUGGAGGCAAGUUGUUCCACUGAUGAAUUGUUCUAACUGUCGAAAAUUUCUCCUUAAUUCUAAGUUGCUUCUGUCCUUGAUUAGUUUCCACCCAUUGCUUCUUGUUCUACCCUCAGGUGCUUUGGAGAAUAGUUUGACUCCUUCUUUGUGGCAGCCUCUGAGAUAUUGGAACACUGCUAUCAUGUCACCCCUAGCCCUUCUUUUCGUAAGACUAGACAUAUCCAGUUCCAGCAACCAUUCUUUAUAAGUUUCUAUAUAAAUUUGAACACUAGGAAAUCAUAUAUGAGUUCCAAUUUAAGAUGCACUCUAUUUUUGGAUGCUAUAUUCUUCUUUUUUCCUCUAACCAAGAUAAAAUACAUUGUUUUGAUCUAAUGUUUAGAUUGUAAGCAACCGAUGUACAAGAACAUUCUUUACAAAGUAAAGUUAAUAAGCAUAACAUUUCCCUGCUUCACCUGACUUUUAAAAGAUUAUUUUCAAUUAAAAAGAAACGAAUGAGAAGUUGUUAAGAGAAACGAAUGGAAAUAGCAAUAGCACGUAGACUUAUAUACCGCUUCAUAGUGCUUUUACAGCCCUCUCUAAGCAGUUUACAGAGUCAGCAUAUUUCCCCCAACAAUCUGGGUCCUCAGUUUACCCACCUCGGAAGGAUGGAAGGCUGAGUCAACCUUGAGCCAGUGAGACUUGAACUGCCGAACUUCAGCUAGCAGUAGUAGCCUGCAGUACCACACUAACCACUGUGUCACCUCAGCUCAUAAUAUUUUUUAAUUUUAAUUAAAAAGAAACUAAUGAAAAGUUGAUAUUUCUCAAAGCACCAACUGUUAGUAACAUUCUAAUUUGACAAAAUGCUGUGGGUAUUAUAAAAACUGAGCAUUCUUGGAAAAUAAAUAUAGUGAGAGGUUGUAACCUAGUUGUUGCCUGGACAUGGGUUCAAAUCACUCCUCUUCCUAAAUUCUCAGAACAGAAUAUCAAUUUUAAGUUAUUUUACUUAUCCAGACUCAGACUGCUACUGAACUAGCUUCUGCCUCCAAGCACAAAGAAGUACUGGGAUGGGAAACACACCAAGGAACCUUCAAGAUUUACUGCAUUGCCUCCAAGAUAGAGAAGUCAUUGUAAACACAGUACUUUGCACCUGCCUUGCCCUGGAAAACAUAAAUUGCUGAGGGAAUAUAGAAUUCUCAAUUUUAGGGGGGAAAAAUCCUAAGAAUCCCAGUUAUACAUCUCAGCAAAUUGUGUAAUAUCCAAAAUCCAAGCCAUUCAGAUGCCUGAGGCUAGCAAACAUUACAGAUACCUGUGCAUUUUAAUACAGGUAGAAAUCUAUUGGGAGAUAAAAGAUAGGAUGAGAGUAUGCCUAAACAAAUAAUCAAUAUAAACAUUAAACUGGAGAUUCAUCUCUCUCUCUCUCUCUCCCCUCCUCUUUUUUGAAAAGUUGAAGAUGUUCAACAAAUCCUCAGACAGGUUUUUAUAUACAGGCACAAAUGAGUGAAAAGGGCAUGAUUUAUUAUGGAAACUUCCAAUGAUCUCCAUAAUUUUUUCCUUGGAAUACCAUAAAGUCGAAACGUAUUUGAAAAUCAACAAAAGCAGCAAAAAUGGUGAUAUGUAGCAUAUUACUCAGCCAAAUGUUAUAAAAUGAAAUAUUGGCCAUCUAUGAAUUGGCUCAUCCACAAAUUAGCCUCCCUAUUCCCGAAAAUAUUUUCACUAGGUAGCCAGGAGUGGCCUGCAUAAAGUUUGCAAAUUUCAUUUACUUAUCUGAUUGGAUGGUAAUUUGACAAUUGCCUUUCCUCCUUUUUAAAACAUUUUUUAUGUGGUUAAGAUGCUAGCCUAGAAAUCAGAAGACUGGCUUGGUGACUUUCGGAAGGCCACUCUUUCUCAGUCCAACCCACCUCACAAGGUUGUUGUUGCUGAGAAAUAGGUAGGAGUAUAUAUGCUUUCUGUUUUGAGAUAUAUUAAAAUGGCAGGAUAAAAAUGUAAUAAUAUAGGGAUAACAAGCACAAGGCAUCAGACACCAAGAAUCUUUGAUAUGCUGAUAUUUUUAUUUUACCACAGAGGUGCAUCCAAAAAUAGCUCCUUCUAGUGAAUAUGAAAACUUCCGAAUAAUUCUACUGUCACAUUUUAACAUCUUACAUAAUACUUACAUAUAUAAAAUGUAUUUUAUACUAUAUAUAAUGUAUUAAUAAUAUUAAUCUUUGAACUAUGGUGCUGGAGAAGACUCCUGCAAGUCCCUUGGACUGCAAGGUGAUCAAACCAGUCAGUCCUAGAAGAGAUCAACCCUGACUGCUCUUUAGAAGGCCAGAUCCUGAAGAUGAAAUUCAAAUACUUUGGCCACCUAAUGAGAAGGAAGAACUCACUGGAGAAGAGCCUAAUGCUGGGAACGAUUGAGGGCAAAAGAAGAAAGAUGACAGAGAACGAGGUGGCUGGAUGGAGUCACUGAAGCAGUAGGCGUGAGCUUAAAUGGACUCCAGAGGAUGAUAAGAGAACAGGAAGGCCUGGAGGAACGUUGUCCAUGGGGUCGUGAUGGGUCGGACAUGACUUUGCAACUAACAACAAAAAUUAAUAUUAAUAUAUCUAUAUAGUAAUACAAUAUUAUUUUACAAUAUAAUUAAAAAAUCCCU